AUGCCUAUGGGAGACUACGGAGGCCUGACGGCAGGCGAGGUGCGAAGCGUAAGCCCCAGCUUCCCGCAGCCGGUCACCUCGCCCACGAGCCAGAGUUCCUCCCAGAACUCGAACGGAACUCCCGCAGGCACGCCCGGUGACGGCAGAGCGUCCGGAGAGUCUCAGGGAGGUGGAGUGUUCUACGGUGGUGGGGAUGGCGCCGAUUCGGACACACCGCCGCCGUCUGCGUCCGUCGUAAUUCAGAACGGCUGUCUAGAAAGCAACGAUUUGACGUCGAUCACGACGAAUGCGACAACGUUGACGUCUAUCGAUAGGGUUUCGAGCAAGUUAAGUAAUCAAGAUGGCAACGACGAGCUCUCCGCCGGAGGAAACUAUUGGUGUAGUCUAGACUGUGGAGGUGGUGUUAACAGUGCUGUUGGCAGUGGUGUUGGUGGUGUUAGUGGUGGGGGAAAUGGUGUCGUUGGUGUUGGCGGCAACGGCGUGUGCAUAGGCGGCGGCGGCGGCAACGGUAAUAAUCACUCCGAUCAGGUUAACGGGAUGAAUUCGCAAGUGAUGUUCCAGCGACGAGCCAUCACGGGCUCCCAUUCGAACGCCUCCUCGACCGUGACUACCUCGCUGGGAAUCGCCAAUGGAGCCUCCAACAACUCAGCAGCGAUGGCUGGUGGGAACGUCGGCUCCCAGUCGCGGCUUGUGAACUCGUCCUCGUCAAACCUCUUCGGCGCCUAUUCGGACUGGUCGGCAAGCCACGGCGGUCAUCCACAACAAGCGACCGCGUGGUCCUCGAACAGCGCGCUUGCGUGGCCUCCACAGAAGCGCCUGCUGAAUUCCAUGAGUACUUCGGUGACCGUGGGCUCGAUGAUCAAGUCAGCUCCCGCUCAGCAGGCGAUAGGUCAUCCUAUCGUCGGUUGUCAAACGAAGACGAACAUGAUCUCACCUUCGAAGUUCCGCCGGAGCACCACAAUGCCGCUUACCAAAUCAGGAUUUCACUCAUUCGCCGAUUUUCAAGACCAAGGACAGCCUGAAAUCAUCACUCACAACAUUUCCCUAUCUUUCCAGGAUCGUCAUUCGUUGGGUCUGAGUGGAAGCAGCGGCAACGGCUGCAGCCCCCUCGAUAAUCUGCGUUACCCUCUCGAACAACAACUCAUGGAAAUGAUGAGGCCCUCAACAGGAUCGGGAGCAGGGUCUAAUGGUCCUGUUCAGGAGCACGCUCAGGACCACUAUAAAGGGCAACGACAACAACAACGACAGCAUCGACGACAGCAUCGACGACAUUGACGACGCUGACAACAACGACAACAACAACGAAAAGAACAACAAGACAAGCAGAAGCAGCACAACGAUCACUCAUCGUUUCCGUCGCAGUACAAACGCUUCCCCUGUAGUAGAGCCCAUCAGAUACGGAACUAUGGACAUACACGAGUUUCUCAAAGGGCUCAAGGGAUACGCGUUUCGGGAGGCAAGGCUCCCUUCUUCUCCGGACUCGACGCCAACGGAGACUUGCUGGACGUGAACGGCUGUGCCGAACUGGCCAGCAACGGUCAUAUGGACUCACUUCAUCCGCAUCACGCCUCUUCCAAUAUUUCCCCUUCUGUGGCAGCAUCCCUCAGAUGUUCCCCUAAGUCGUCUGUAGCCUCGCACCACCACAGCUCGGUGGGCGGCACCGGCAGCAGCAGCUUGGGGGAAAGUUAUUCCCGGAAGGUUUUCGUAGGAGGUCUUCCUCCGGACAUCGACGAAGAAGAAAUUACUGCCAGUUUCCGCCGAUUCGGGCCGCUGGUGGUAGACUGGCCGCACAAGGCUGAGUCGAAAUCCUACUUCCCGCCCAAAGGUUAUGCAUUCUUACUGUUCCAGGACGAGCCCUCCGUGCAGGCUCUCAUCGACGCAUGCAUCCAGGAGGAUGACAAGCUAUAUCUUUGCGUGUCCUCUCCGACGAUCAAGGACAAGCCAGUUCAAAUUCGACCCUGGAGAUUAUCAGAUGCCGAUUUUGUAUUGGAUGCAUCUUUGCCUUUAGAUCCACGGAAGACAGUAUUUGUUGGCGGUGUACCGCGACCUCUCAAAGCUGUGGAGCUCGCCAUGAUCAUGGAUCGACUGUACGGGGGUGUGUGUUACGCUGGAAUCGACACCGACCCAGAACUGAAGUAUCCCAAGGGGGCUGGACGAGUUGCGUUUUCCAACCAGCAAAGUUAUAUCGCCGCGAUCUCUGCGCGCUUCGUUCAGCUGCAACAUGGUGACAUCGAAAAGAGGGUGGAGGUUAAACCUUACGUAUUGGAUGAUCAAAUGUGCGACGAAUGUCAGGGUACUCGAUGCGGAGGCAAAUUCGCUCCAUUCUUCUGCGCCAACGUAACGUGCUUACAGUACUACUGCGAGCACUGCUGGGCCGCAAUCCAUUCUAGACCCGGACGAGAAUUCCACAAGCCUCUCGUCAAGGAGGGCGCCGAUCGACCUCGCACAGUGCCCUUCAGGUGGUGCUAA